UCAGAUUAUACCAGAGAAGAAAGUAGAAAACGAAAGCCGGAAACCGCGAUCCACGGUUCCGAAACCGCGGUCCCCAGGUCUCCGCCCUCGUGGAAGUGAAACUAGGAGGAGAUCUUUUCUUCAAUCUGAAGCCCGAUUCCCUCCCCCAUGUCGCAAUCUCGAUCGCACUAAUAAAAUCUAUUCAUCUACCCCAUCCGUAUCUGUAUCGGCCGCUUGGGAGAUCGCUUUCCAUAUAAACCCGGCUCUUUCCGAACAUAGAAGGGGGCGGAGGAUAUCACUGCCCCUCUCUUCCCCUCCGCCACUCCUUCCCCUUUCCCCGUUUAAAGAAAGGGUCGCCUUCUCCGAUUCUUGGACAAGAGAUCGAACAAGAAGAAUAAAGGGUUUCGGAGGAAGGCGAUUACAAAGAAAAGGGAAAGACCACCUAAAGAAACGAAAUUAUGGUUGUGGAGGCAGUCGUGGCUGAUAUUACUCCUAGCCAGGUCAAAGAAGGAAUUGAAGGAGACAAUACAUUUCUUGCUGAAAUGGAUAGCAAGACAAAAUCUAAUCAGGGACAGGGACUUGAUGGACCGAGAAAUUUUGAUUCUGUGGAUGAUUCACAUGGACUGAAUGGAGAGAGCAAAGAGGGAGAUCAUGUUGCCAAUCUCAAUUUUCCAAAGGAUGCUGUAGAUGAGUGGCCAGCACCAAAGCAAAUCCAUACCUUAUGCUUUGUCAAGUACCGUUCUUAUGAAGACCCAAAACUGAGGGCCAAAAUUGAACAAGCUGACAAAGAGAUUCAGAAGAAGAAUCAAGCUCGAUUCCAGAUAACUGAAGCAUUAAGGGCCAAAAGGUCUGAGCGAGCACAAGUGAUUUCACAAUUAAAGCCUUUGACCGCCGAGGACAAACAAUACCGGAUGAUUAUGGAUGAGAAGAGAAAAGAAAUGAAACCAUUUCAAGAAGCUUUGGGCAAGCUGCGUAGCGCAAAUAAUGAUGUGAGGGAGAAAGGAAUGGGUUUAUGCUCUUCAGAGGAAGAGCUUAAUGAACUUAUCCAAAGCCUGCAUUAUCGUAUGCAACAUGAAAGCCUCACUUUAGUUGAGGAGAAACAGUUGAUGAAGGAGAUCAAACAGCUUGAAGGAACAAGAGAAAAGGUUAGCAUUAAUGCUGCUAUGAGAGCUAAAAUUCAGGAUUCCUUAGGUCAGAGAGAAGCUAUUCAAGACCAGGUCAAAUUACUAGGUGGUGAUAUUGAUGGAUUGAAAAAGGAGCAACAAGCAGUUAGGAUGAAAAUCAGACAACUGGAGGAAGAACUGAAGACCAUAGAUGGUGAAAUCAUUUCCUUGCAGGAGGAGUUGACUGCUGUGAAUGAGAAGAAGGACAAAGCUUUUGAAACUCUCAAUGAAUUGAGAAAAGCACGUGAUGAAGCAAAUGCAUGUUACUUUCAAAACCGUUCACUCUUGAACACUGCCAAGGAUCUUGCUGCAAAGAAGGAUAUAGCAUCACUGCAAGAGCUUGCCCAUGCCGAGGAAGAGAAAUUUAUGUCACAGUGGAACAGUAAUAAAGACUUCAGAGAUGAUUAUAAGAAGAGGAUAUUGCCAUCACUUGACAUUCGGCAGCUUAGCAGGGAUGGACGGAUGAGAAACCCUGACGAAAAGCCAAUUGUUUCGGAGGCACCAUCUACAGAACCAGAGACCAUGCCGAUUAAAGCAAGUGUAAAACAAGCAAAGGAGGGUGCGAACCCUGCUCCACUACAUGAUACUGUCACUAGCCGCAAGUUACACGAUGAUGGGAAUACUAAAUCGACUGAGGUGGCAUCGAAAAGAAAGAUGAGUGGUCCCAUGGAGACUGAAAACACUUCAGUGACUGACAUAUCCCAGAAGGAGCCUUCAAAAGUUGAAGAGAUUGAUACUGUGAAGUUGAAGGAGAUGAAAAGAGAGGAGGAGAUUGCAAAAGCUCAGUUGGCUUUGGAGAGGAAGAAGAGGCAAGCUGAGAAAACUGCAGCAAAAGCAGCAAUCAGAGCUCAAAAGGAAGCUGAAAAGAAACUCAAGGAAAAGGAGAAGAGAGCUAGGAAAAAGGCAGGGACGUCUGCACCUGCUGCCCCGGAUGAGCAGACUGAAAUGGACAUGCAGAUCAUGGAGCCCGAAGAUACUAAUGUGAACAUAGAAGCCCCAACUUCCGAAUCAAGCAAAGAACAAAAAGAAAAAGCUAGGUACAGAAAUCGCCCAAAAGGUCGGGCUCCGCUCCCUAGGGUCAUCCUUAAGAGGAAGAAGUCACAUUCAUAUUGGUUAUGGGCUGCUCCAGCGGUAGUGGUGGCUCUGGUGCUUGUGUUGUUGAGUUACUACUUUUCUUUUGGAAGAAACUAAGGUAGAUUAGUCUGAAUUCAAGAUGCAGACCAGUUUUGCAGCGAGGGAAUACUUUGGCAAACAAUCGAAUUAUACCUGUGUCUUUCUGGAGGGUGAAUUCACUCAGUUGACAAACGUUAUAUGGGAUGCUCAUGCAGUGUUGAGUUUUUAUUGGACAACAUGCUGUAUGUUACCUUUUUUGUUGAAGUUUUACUUCAAAAAAUAUGUUGCUGGGAAUAAGAUAGUUGCAUGGUGUUGUGAGAUUACCAGAUAUGGUUUUUAUUUGUUCCUUUAUUUUGAAUCAUUCUUACAGAAUUCUCAUGGGGGGAUCGAGUUGAUUGCUAAAUGGAGGGGGUCCUGAAUGAAUAAGUGAAGUUGCUGUUUAUUUC